UCCUGUUGUUGGCUGAGCUCCACACGGUCCGUUCUCCAGCCGGCCCGACCCGCACCGUUGUCCGGUUCGUACGCCCACACGGACCCCCGGAAUACCGAAAGAAGGGGGCCAAAUUAACCAGAGAAGACCGGAAACGGCCUGAAACAAACCGGCUAACGCAUCGUCCCGCUCGCUCCUGGCUCUCAGAGGGAAACUUCACCACACUUCAUCGAAAUGUCUGAAAAUGUGUCGGGAUUUGGACAAAUAGCGGCGUCUUUCUGAGCUCAAGCAGCGGACUGGACGCACGCACACAACGGGACCAUUAGUUGUGGAAGAAGGCCAAGAGGAACCACAUCGACGAAGAACGCGUUAGCUGUGUACGUCGGUUAAAAAAAGCUACAUUUUACCCUCUGAACGAGAAAACCAAAACUGAUAAGCCCAUAAAGGUGGUGCUGAGUCCCGGUGCGCGCCGUGUUUCAGGAUGCUGUCGGAACUGAGCGAGUGGUUUUGGCAGGAGCGGCUGUGGUUUCCAGAGGGUCUGGGCUGGUCCGACCUGGAGGAUCGAGACGGACGAGUGUACGCCAAAGCUCAGGAUUUAUGGGUGGCGCUUCCCAUAUCCUUGGUAUUCCUCAUCAUCCGUCAAAUCUUUGAAAGGACAGUGGCGACACCGUUGGCCUUUCUACUUGGUGUGGAUCAGACAGUUCGGCUCAAAGCCCCACACAACCCCACACUGGAGUCCUACUACUGCAACAUUACCAAAACCCCCACGCAGUCUUCAGUAGCAAACCUUUGCAAGGAGAAUGGUUAUUCAGAAAGACAAGUGCAACGAUGGUUCAGAAGAAGAAGAAACCAAGACCGACCAAGUUUGCUCAAAAAGUUUCGAGAAGCCAGUUGGAGAUUUACCUUUUACCUUCUUGCUUUCAUUGCUGGCCUGGCCGCCCUCAUCGAUAAACCCUGGCUGUACGACCUGAAGGAGAUGUGGCAAGGCUUUCCUGUGUUGUCUGCUAAGAUGUUCAACUAUGCUGGGUGGAGAAACGCCUGCAACUACAUCUUCAUCGUGUUUGCUGCGAUUUUCAUCAUCACUCGCCUCUAUAUCUUCCCCUUCUGCAUUAUUUACUGUACGUGGGUCUACCCGGUGACCAUCUACAAACCUUUCUUUGGCUACUACUUUUUCAACGGGCUGCUGAUGAUUCUGCAGUGUCUCCACAUCUUCUGGGCUGUUCUCAUCAUCCGCAUUGCAAUCCGCUUCCUCAACAACAAUGAAAAAGUGGACGAUGACAGGAGCGACAAAGACGAAACCGACGAAUCAGAGGAGGAAAAGGAAGCAGAGGCUAAAAACCACGUGAAGAAAAACGGACCUGUGCAGAACGGUCACACAGUCCACAACAACAACCACAGCAAGACAGAGUGACCCCGCCUGAACAGGAAAAAUAAUAACUCAGCCAAGGACUCAGACCCCUCAGAGGGGCAGUUGUAACGGAGAGAAAAGAAGGGAUGUGGAUGGGAGGAAGAGGGCAAGUAUUCCCACAAACUAGGAACAGCUGUAUUAAUAGGAAAAUUGACACUGUUACUUGUUCACAAACACAUUUGUAGUCGUACUUGUAGAGGACACAGGUCCAGCGGGUGAUAGACACUACGCUGAGUGGCACCGCUACCUUUUUUUAUUUAUCUGAGAAAUCGUAUCACUGCCAUCGUUUGCUGUUAGUCCUAAAACUUUCUGAGACGGGGAGAACACGAAGAAGAGGAAGGUGAUGCUGCUUCUACUUUAGCUUUCAUGUAAUAACCGUGUGCCUUAGAGCCAGCUCGUGGCUACUGAAAAGCCAUUUUAAAGCUUUCUGUUGUUAAAGUCGUGCUGCUUUAUUCGUUUUUUUUUUACUUUCAUGUAGGUGAUACAACGGGGCAUUGAUUUCCCUUUUCUCUAUCUAUGCAACUACGCAUCUGUUCAGCUAUUGCAACGUCUUUGCACAAACAAUAUGAAGGAAUAUUCAGCAGUAGGACUCCUCCCCCCUCGGUGCAACUCAUGAUGUUUAGAAAAUUUUCUAGUUUUGGUUUUAAUCGAGCUGAUUUUAUUUUGUUCUGAUUUCUGCCUCCAGAACGCUCUCUUUUAGAGGUGCCGUUUUUAAAUCCUACUUUUUUUUUGUCUAAGCUGAGAGGAACCGACAGAAGCGGGUGCUCAGUACAAAUAUGUGACCCAUCACAUCCAAAUGAGGAUUAAGUCUAAAAGUGGUUUAUGGAGAAAUAGGCAAAUAUGGAGUUUUGAUUAAAACAUUUGCAAAAAGCAAAUUUUGUCAAAACAUAAUGAAUAAAAACCUUAUCAAUGUUUCUUUUGAAUGAACUGUCUCAAAUUUAAUCAUAAAACAAAAUUUU